AUGACUCCUCAACAGGACACAGUUCUCUCAACUGCGGUUCACCUGAUGUCUCGAACGAGGGACCAACCCUCUUUGAUUGACACGGGUCCCGCACCAACUUAUUGGCAGUGGAACCAGGGUCACGCCAAGGCAAACUGCUUCUUGGAAACAGACUCGACACAGUUGGACAUUCAGAUAUUUUGGACGCCGAUGCAACGCAAAAUUCUACCGUCCAGCACCUUGAUGCCAGGCUCUAGUUUCUCUAGUAUCGAUUCUUCUCGCCGCCGCCGCUCUCAGCUAUCUCGAUAUCCAUACAACCUGUACGAUGGAAACAUCCUCACACAGGCAGAGGGCACCAAGCAGGGGGCGCAGGCAGAAUGGUCAAUGCCUGUUGAAAUAAGGGUUUCCUUGCCCAAAAUUUGCCGAGCACCAUUUCCAGUCAGACCUGUGACGCAACUUGGCCAGGGUCAUGGAAUCUAUCUGGGGUCUAGCGUGUCUGGCAUCGUGGGCCAAGUGGGCUUGGUCCAACUGUCUCCUGCGAAAUUGCUCCUUGCAUGA